CUAAUUUUGUUUGUUUUUUUUUCUUUCUUUUCUUUUUCUCUUUUCGUCUUCCCCCAAUCUCCUUCGUGCUUCUUCUUCAUCAUCUUCUGGCCGGGUACUUCAACUCUCUCGCUAGCUCUAAUGGGAAGCUGUUGGUCGGAUGGGUCUAACGGUGGUGGUGGUGGAAUGGCUGGUGUUGGUGGUGGCUCUACUUCCUCCGCCGCCACUCCUAACGACGCUGUUGACUAUUACCUCAAGUCUCGUGGCUACAAUGGCCUCUUUUCUCAGAUCGAGCUUUCCUUCUCUGCUUCCAAUUUGCGAGACCGGGAUGUGAUUUCUAAGAGUGAUGCAAUGGUGGUUGUUUAUAUCAAAGGAAGAGAUGGAACUCUUGCUGAAUUGUUCCGUACUGAAGUUGUUUCCAAUUCUUUGAACCCUAAGUGGAUUAGGAACUUUACUAUUGGUUAUCAGUUCGAGAUUGUUCAAACAUUGCUGUUUCGUGUCUACGAUAUUGACACUCAGUUUCAAAAUGCUAAAGAGGAGUUGCUUAAGCUCGAAGACCAGCAAUUUCUCGGCGAGGCAACAUGUACAUUGUCUGAGGUUGUCACCAAGUCAAAUAGGACGGUUGCCUUAGAACUUAUGCGUAAAGAAGGUCCUGCUGCACAGACUCAGCCACAAAACAAUGGAAAGCUUAUUGUCCAUGCUGAGGAGUCUCUAGCUUCUAAGACCAAUACAGAGAUUGUGUUUAGGGGUUUGAAUUUGGAAUCUAAGGAUACUUUCUCUAAAAGUGACCCGUUUUUGGUGAUAUCUAAGAUUGUGGAGCACGGGACUCCAAUCCCCGUCUCUAAAACCGAAGUCUUAAAGAAUGAUCCCAAUCCACUUUGGAAACCAGUCUCUCUAAGUGUUCAACAAGUUGGGAGUAAGGACAGCCCACUGGUAAUAGAGUGCUUAGACUUCAAUGGCAAUGGCAAUCAUGAUCUGAUCGGAAAAGUUCAGAAAUCUCUUUCAGACUUAGAAAAGCUUCAUUUGGCUGGCCAAGGAAUCAAUUUAGUCUUACCUACUGGUGUUGGACACAAACAUGAAGACAGGGUAUUAAAGAGCCAGCUUUUUGUUGACAAAUUUACUGAAACCGUCCAGCAUACAUUCCUAGAAUACUUGGCGUCUGGAUUUGAAUUGAACUUCAUGGUUGCUAUUGAUUUUACAGCUUCAAAUGGAAACCCACGUCUCCCAGAUUCCUUGCAUUACAUCGAUCCUACAGGACGAUUAAAUGCUUACCAGAGAGCAAUAGUUGAAGUUGGAGAAGUACUACAGUUCUAUGACUCUGACAAACACUUUCCCGCGUGGGGGUUUGGAGCUCGUCCAAUCGACAUCCCGGUAUCACAUUGCUUUAACCUCAACGGAAGCAGUACAUAUUGCGAGGUAGAUGGGAUUCAAGGUAUUAUGAAUGCCUACAACGGCGCUCUCUUCAACGUAUCUUUUGCAGGGCCUACUCUAUUUGGUCCGGUGAUCAACGCUGCUGCAACAAUUGCAAGCGACUCACUCAGUCAAAGUGCAAAGAAAUAUUUCGUCUUGUUGAUAAUCACUGAUGGAGUGAUAACAGAUCUCCAAGAAACGAGAGACUCAAUUGUCAGUGCAUCGGAUUUACCAUUAUCAAUCCUCAUUGUUGGAGUGGGAGGAGCUGACUAUAAAGAAAUGGAGGUUCUUAAACAAAAGAAAAGCAUUAUGCUUAAUUUCACAUAUGUAAUAGAUUCUUACAAAGUCAUGUGUUGGCUGUCGUUUGUUAUGCAGGUACUAGAUGGAGAUAAAGGAGAGAAAUUAGAGAGCUCGAGUGGUCGAGUAGCAUCGCGUGAUAUCGUCCAGUUUGUUGCAUUAAGAGACAUACAAUAUGGAGAGGUGUCAGUGGUAGAAGCGCUCCUAGCUGAAUUGCCUACACAAUUUUUGACGUAUAUGAGAAACCGUAACAUCACUCCCACCACCGCCACCACCACCACCUCCUCUUCUUCUUGAUCCCCCACUCACUCUCAACACUGUACAUACAUCAUUCAGUCAUUCGCAGCACUUAACGCUGUCGUUUUAUCUUCUUUUUUCCUUGUCUGGAAUUUUUCCAUUUUCCAGUAUUAUUCCACGUCAUAUCUGAAAUUCUCAACCACUCUUUGAUUGAUUUGUUGCCAAAAACAAAACAAAAUAUUAUUAUUUAUAUUAA